GCAUGUGUUGAGUGUGUAAUGUGAAAGACAAAAAAAAAAAAAAAAAAACAAAAAAGAAAUCCACCACCCCCACAGUCCUAUCUCCACGUGUCUCGUAUCAGCGCGCCCGAAUUUGAAUUUGCUGAAGCCCAGCCCACUUUUUCAAAAAAGGCAACAGUAGCCUGUCCUUUUCUUUUAACCCAAUCUUUCUUACAUAGCUACAUAUCCCUGUAUAUUCACUAGCCGUUAGAAAAAUCAAAUCAAACACCAAAUCCCCCGCUCCACCAUCAGCUACUUCUCUGCGAAUCGAUAUUCAAUUUCUUUUUCGUUGGUUUAGCUUGGUGGAUUGAAGGUAUUAAUUGAAAGCGCGAAGAGAAUGGUGUCAUUGACGCCGGAUUCCCGGAAGGUGGGGACGGGAAUGGCGCCGUCUCCGUCGCCAUUCUUUACGCCGCGGCCCGAGAGGAGGAGGCCCGAAUCAAGAGGGUCCGACUGGAAUUCAAAUCGUCAGGAGAAAGAUAAAGAGGUCAAUGUGCAGGUUCUCCUCCGGUGCAGGCCAUUAACUGAAGAUGAACAGAGGUCCAACGUGCCCAUGGUAGUAACAUGUAAUGAUAUUAAGAGAGAAGUCACUGUUUUGCAAAGUGUUGCUAGCAAGCAAGUGGAUAGAGUUUUCACCUUUGACAAGGUUUUCGGGCCGAAAGCACAACAGCGAUCCAUAUAUGAUCAGGCUAUUUCUCCAAUCGUUAGCGAAGUAUUAGAGGGCUUCAACUGCACAGUCUUUGCAUAUGGGCAGACUGGAACUGGUAAAACUUAUACCAUGGAAGGGGGGAUGAGAAAUAAGGGCGGAGAGUUACCAGCUGAGGCAGGUAUCAUUCCUAGAGCAGUUCGCCAAAUCUUUGACACCCUUGAAGCACAAAAUGCUGAUUACAGUAUGAAAGUGACCUUCUCGGAACUCUACAAUGAGGAAAUAACUGACUUGCUAGCUCAAGAUGAUCAACUAAAAUCUACAGAAGACAAACAAAAGAAGCCCAUUUCUUUGAUGGAGGAUGGAAAGGGUUCUGUGAUUGUAAGAGGACUAGAAGAGGAAGCUGUGUACAGUGCUAAUGAAAUUUACAGCCUUUUGGAACGAGGUGCUGCUAGGAGACGCACGGCAGACACCUUGUUAAAUAAGCGGAGCAGUCGUUCUCAUUCUAUAUUUACUAUAACUGUUCACAUAAAAGAAGGAACCAUAGGUGAAGAGGAGCUCAUUAAAUGUGGCAAGCUCAAUCUUGUUGAUUUAGCAGGAUCAGAAAAUAUUUAUCGUUCAGGUGCUCGAGAGGCUCGUGCAAGAGAAGCAGGUGAAAUAAAUAAGAGCUUGCUAACCUUGGGCCGAGUCAUUAAUGCAUUGGUGGAGCAUUCUGUUCAUGUACCUUACAGGGAUAGCAAGCUUACGAGGCUACUGAGAGAUUCGUUAGGGGGAAAAACAAAGACUUGCAUCAUUGCCACAGUCUCUCCCUCUGCGCACUGUUUGGAAGAAACACUGAGCACACUAGACUACGCAUAUCGUGCUAAAAGCAUAAAAAAUAAACCAGAGGCAAACCAAAAAGUCACCAAAGCUGUGCUGCUUAAGGAUUUAUAUGUGGAAUUAGAGAGAAUGAAGCAAGAUAUUCGAGCAGCAAGGGAGAAGAAUGGUGUUUAUAUUCCACAUGAAAGAUUUCUGCAGGAUGAAGCUGAAAAGAAGGCGAAAAAUGAGAGGAUAGAGCAAUUAGAGAGUGAUCUUAGUUUGAGUGAGAAGGAAGUUUGUAAAUUGCGGGAGCUCUAUCUAAGUGAACAGGAAAGGAAACUGAAUGUUGAAAGUGAGCUUAAAGACUGCAAGGAAAAUCUAGAAACAAUACGUAAGGCCUUGGAAGAUCUACAAGAUAAUUACAAAACAGCUCUUUCAGUUUUGAGCGAAAAGGAGUCUGUCAUCUCCAAACUACAAUAUUCAGAGAGCAGUCUAAUUGAUUGUGCAAAGAAGUUGAGGGUCAACUUACAAGAUGCAUCUCAGGAUAUUUCUGCACUUUUUGGAAAAAUUGAUCGCAAAGACAAAUUGGAAAGAGAAAAUCACAGUAUUCUCCUUAUGUUUGGAGCACAGCUUGACCAAAGUUUGAAAGAUCUCCACAAGAUCAUUCUGAGCUCUGUAUCCCAGCAAGAAGAACAACUGAAAUGUCUUGCAGAGUGCACCAACACAUUUCUUGCUAGUAAAUAUGAAUCAAACGACGCCAUGGAAGCAAAAUUAAAGAAAUUGUCAGAGACUUAUACUUCAGGAACCCUGAACCUGAAGAAGCUUGCCGAUGCAUUGCACAUGAAAGCAAAUUCUGAUCUUGAGCAAAUGGCAUAUAUGAUGUCAGCCCAAGCAACUGAAGUUGAGAAUUUCUUCAAAACUGCAUCUGUGGAAGCCAAGGAAGUGAUUUCUGACAUUCGAAACUCCCUGAAUGAACAAAAAAAACUGUUGGCUCUCUCUUCCAAACAACAAGCAGAGGGACUUAGUCGAAGUCUAGCCUCAGCACAAGUGAUAUCAAGUGCAGCCAUUGAUUUUUCAAAUGACCUCCACCGGCGAGCUUCUGAACUUAUGCAACUUAUUGAACAAAGUCAAGCUGAAAAAUCUCUCGCGUUACAAAAUUUUGAGAAAAUGUUUAAGGAAGAGGCUCAAAGAGAAGAAAAAAUAGCAAUUGAAAAAAUAGCAGUUAUAUUAUCCACCCUUACAGCUAGAAAAACUAACAUGGUAUCUAAGGCUUCAAAAGGCUUUGAAGACUCUAACAUUCAAGAAAGCAAGAGAGUGCUGCUGGAGUUGUCCAGCAUGCAGGAAGUCUUAACUUCAGAAAUGGAGGAGUUAAACAAAUAUGUGGAGAAGGUUAAAGGUCACUAUGUGGAUGAAACAUUCUCAUCAACUGAAAGCAGAGCUACAAUAGAAAAUUGCUUGCAGGAAUGUGCUGAAAAGGUGGAUUCCUCUAGUCAACAGUGGGAAAGGGCACAAUUAGGCUUGAGCUGUCUUGCUAAGGAUGGUCUCGCCAACAUAGAAGCUGUUGUCCGGACGAAAACUCUUGAAACUCAUUCCCUACAUGACAACAUUGUUUCCACUUCAUCGUGUAUGAGUGCAGAAUUUGAUUCCCACAUUAGUGAUGUGAAGACCUCUAUGAAUGAUUCUAUUACAUUAGACAAGGCAAAUAAUAAGGAAAUAAACAUGAUAACGGCAACCAGCUUGGCUCAGCUCAAGUCGACACGGCUGAACCAUAGUGAACAAAUAUCAGAUAUCUGCAACAGAUCAGAGCAGUGCAUCCAUAAAGAUUACUUGGUUGAGCAGAAAACUAAUGUAACUCCUAAGAAGCGAGUAAUCUCAAUUCCCAGCUUGGAGUCCAUAGAGGAGAUGAGAACUCCUAUAUGUGAAGUUGACACCAAGAACAGAUCAAAACUGGAAAAUAAUGGAAACAAGAGUUUGCAGGACCAACACAGAACUCCUUUCCAGAAUGUUAACGCAAUAAUCUAAGUGUUAUCAGCAAUCAUGGUUGUUGUCUGUAGUUCAAUCCAUCUUCAAUACCACCCUGAGUACACUCAUCGACCGAUGAGUAACAAAACGAUAAGUCCAGCUUAACAUGGAGGAAAAACGCUGAAAGCCAAGGGAGUUGCUUUCAGGUCUGUACUCUAAUCUGCAUUUAAGCUAUCAUGUAUGGUUUGAUUUGGAUGCUUAAACUUGUCUGUAUCACUUGUGAUUCAGUGAGCAGGCUUUUCAGCUGAUGAUGAUAUAGAAGUAAAGCUGAAUUUCGUAGUUUAAUUUCUAUAUAUCAGCUACAGGAAAACUUAAGAUAUAAUCAGAAAUUGCAUUUCUGGGUACGUUCUUCGUUCACUUUCA